AAAGAAACAAAGCAGAGAGUGAGGCAAGCGAAGCUUAAUGAUACGACGAGGGAGAGCCAGGAUGCUAACACACUCAGCCACGAAGAAGUGUGUGCGUUGGCAGGUUUGACGUGGCUGUCUUGAUGCGGUGGCAAAUUGAAGCGAUCUGGUGGAGAGAGUCUGAUGGCCUCAGUGGAGCUGCUGUGUCUAGAUAAAGAAAGGCGAGGUGGUCCAGACUGGGCUUCCAGUGCUGUGCACGUUCACCGGUCCCAAAGUGCAGGUGACGAAAGUCCACUCGAGCAGCAUGGAUGCAGUCCAAAAAGCAAGGCUGCUGUGUCAGAGCGCCGGUGUAAUUCAGCCCCAAGGACAGCUCCCGUCAAGGGACUGCCUGGUAAGCACUGUCAUCUACCGGCGGAGAAGGUCAGAGUGUGCUGUGACCAGGAGCUGGAAACCUCUUUCACUUACGUCGACGAAAAUGUCAACCUGCGACUGGCCACCCCUGACAAGAGUGAUGGCACACCCUGCCUGGGUUCCUCGAACGAGAUCCAUCUGGAUGGACUCCAUGAGCUCUCCUUGAUGUCUGACCUGGCGUCCGAGAGUGUGGGAAGGCCGGUGGAUUAUGGCUUCAUCAGCGCCGUCACGUUCCUGGUGGCCGGGAUCAUUCUGGUGAUCAUCUCCUACGCCGUGCCACGUGAAGUAAACGUGAACCCAGACAGCGUUUCGGCGCGAGAGAUGGAAAGACUGGAGAGGGAAAGCGCCAGGGUAGGGGCGCACCUGGACAGGUGUGUUAUCGCUGGCCUUUGCCUGCUCACUUUGGGCGGAGUGGUGCUCUCCACUCUGCUCAUGGUGUCAAUGUGGAAGGGGGAGAUGUACAGGAGAAAGGCCUUCGCAUACUCCAAGCACUCUACAAAAUUGUACGGCUCCAUUAAUCUUAGAUCGAAGUCGAGCCCCGGUCGGUCGCCGUCACACAGCGUUGUUGAGGAAGAGAAUGGCGAAAGCAUUAGCUGACUAUUAUUUCUGUCUCUAAGCAUUUAUCCCAACCAGUUCAUCAAAACACAGACUUAACAACAGAUCUGUAAGGGUUGUAUUUCCAUCACA